AUGGCUUUGAAAGCUUUGUUGAUUGUACUUAUUGUUGUUAGCAUGGUUGUUGCUCCAAUUAUGGCAACUGACCAUUUGGUUGGGGAUGAUGAAGGUUGGAAGCUCAAAUUUGACUACAAUGCAUGGGCUGAGAGUAAAGAGUUUCAUGUUGGAGAUAAGCUCAUAUUCAAGUACAACGAAGGAAGUCACAAUGUGUACAAAGCAGAUCUGGCUGCCUUCCAGAACUGCAAACCAAGUGCUAAUGUUGAACCCUUGACUUCGGGAAAUGAUGUGAUUGAUUUGAAAUCUCCGGGGAAGAAAUGGUACCUUUGCGGAAUUAAAAAUCACUGUGAACAAGGGAUGAAGGUUGCCGUUAACGUUCUACCAGCUAAAGAGGGAGCUGGUUCAUCAUCAGCCUCUGGGAUUAGUACUCCUAAUUCUAAAUUUGUUGCUAUGAUGGUUGCUGCAUUUUUCAUGUUCUUGAUUAUUAAUUAA